CCGUAGUCGAACAGUUUUAAAGUUAUGGAUGGAGUCUUACCAGAUGUUGGUCAUGGAUAGUGAAUGAAUUGUAAUGGGCGUUUACCAAUCGACCAGCGACAGGUGUAGAGUCACGAGACACAACAGCAGUGGCCAUCUUGACGUGUUGGCAAAGUUGUCAUUGAACGGUGACGAUGAAGACUUGAACGUGUCGCUAGUGUCAGUGUUGAGUUCUACACCUAGAGGAUAUCGUAAAGUGCUGUGGAGGAUGUAUAUGUGAUGUAAACAGGUUUGAUGGAGCUACCAUUGUGUUUAUCUGAGGUUAUGUUAGUGUGUUGGUGUAUUUGGGAUAUUCUAACAACACCAGUUGUGUCACUUUAAGGCUAUCAGUGAUUGGACACCACUUCAGAAGUUCAAUUACAUUAGGAAGUUUUAAGUUUAGGAAGGAUAUGCGCCUGGAAUGAUGAUUUUUGGUUUAAGGUCAGACAUAUGUCAGAUUUUAUCUGGAUGUCAUUGGAAAAGAAAACACAUCCCCUAAGCAUUCCUUGAUAAAGAAGGGUCUUAACACAGAUCCCUGUAGCAAUCCUUAAAAAAGAAGGAUAUCAGCACUUAUCCCUGUAGCAGUCAUUAGAAAAGAAGGGCCUCAGGACAGAUCCCUGUAGCAGUCUUUAGAAAAGAAGGGCCUCAGGACAGAUCCCUUUAGCUAUCCUUAGAAAAGAAGGGUCUCAGGACAGAUCCCUGUAGCAGUCAUUAGAAAAGAAGGGCCUCAGGACAGAUCCCUUUAGCUAUCCUUAGAAAAGAAGGGCCUCAGGACAGAUCCCUGUAGCAGUCUUUAGAAAAGAAGGGUCUCAGGACAGAUCCCUGUACAGAUCCCUGUAGCUAUCCUUAAAAAAGAAGGGUCUCAGGACAGAUCCCUUUUUACCAGUCAUUAGAAAAGAAGGGUCUCAGGACAGAUCCCUGUACCAGUCAUUAGAAAAGAGGGUUUCAGGAUAGAUCCCUGUACCAGUCAUUAGAAAAGAGGGUCUCAGGACAGAUCCCUGUAGCUAUCCUUAGAAAAGAAGGGUCUCGGGACAGAUCCCUGUAGCUGUCCUUAGAAAAGAAGGGUCUCGGGACAGAUCCCUGUACCAGUCAUUAGAAAAGAAGGGCCUCAGGACAGAUCCCCGUAGCUAUCCUUAGAAAAGUAGGGUCUCAGGACAGAUCCCUUUACCAGUCAUUAGAAAAGAGAGGUCUGCUUAGCACAGAUCCUCACAUCAAGAGAAGAAGAGUACUAGUGUCAGCGUAGAAUUUUGCUGAGAACCUCUUAAUUCUUUCUGCAGGUUUUGUGGGUUUUUUGUAAUCUAAUAAAAGAAUCAUUUUAGUCAACCUUCCAUGAACCAGGAUAAAUACUGGAUUUCAGCAAAAUUGGAAACUGUGCCAGGAAAAACAAUUAGGACAGGAAUGUGUUAUAGUAAAUUGUGAUUAUCCUACUGGUGGUGAAGAGAAAAAGAUCUAAAACUCAAUAUCUUGUGAUCUGACUGAUAUUUGUUCCUGAGCGUUUUUCUAUGCAAGUUGUAUUUGACACAAAGAUUGGUUGAGAUCUGAUCGAGAGCUCCUCACUUAUGUUUGUCUGCUGUCCGAAUCACAAUCAAACACAACAUGGGGAAGAAAUCGUGGAAGGAAAUCAUCUGUUGUUACCUCUGCAGGGAAGUUUUAAAAGAUGACUGGGAGAUUCCAUUUGAAAAUAUCACCGAUCUACAGUGGCUGGGAAGUGGAGCUCAGGGUGCGGUCUUCCUGGGUAAACUCAAUGGCGAAGAAGUGGCGGUGAAGAAAGUCCGGGACGUAAAGGAAACCGACAUCAAAAAUCUCCGUAAACUUAACCACCCAAACAUCAUCACAUUUAAAGGUAUAUGUACCCAGGCGCCAUGUUACUGUAUUAUCAUGGAGUACUGUCCAUACGGCCAACUAUACGAGAUUCUCAGGGAUGGGAAGGAGAUUCCCCCUCAGUUGGUCCUAGACUGGACCAAACAAAUAGCCAGUGGCAUGAACUAUCUGCACAAUCAUAAAAUAAUACACAGAGACCUCAAAUCACCAAACGUGUUGGUGGCAAAAAAUGACGUUGUAAAGAUCUCCGAUUUCGGCACGAGUCGGACGUGGAAUGAGAAGAGCACCAAAAUGUCUUUUGCAGGAACAGUAGCAUGGAUGGCCCCAGAGGUGAUCCGAAAUGAACCAUGCUCUGAGAAAGUGGAUAUUUGGUCGUUUGGCGUUGUGCUGUGGGAGCUGUUGUCUGCAGAGAUUCCAUACAAGGAUGUCGACUCGUCAGCCAUCAUAUGGGGCGUGGGCAGUAACAGUCUGCACCUGCCUGUCCCUACAACCUGUCCAGAGGGCUUCAAGUUACUGAUGAAGCAAUGCUGGAGUGCCAAAACUAGGAAUCGACCGUCGUUCCGUCAGGUCCUGAUGCAUCUGGAGAUUGCAUCUCCUGAACUCUUGAGUUAUUCCCACGAUGACUUCAAGAUGUCACAGGCAUUAUGGAAGGAGGAGAUCGCACAGCAGCUCCAGUUGAUCCGAUGUGAGGGCUCGCAUAUGCCCCACCUAGAAGAGGAACUGGUCAAGAGACGGAGGGAGGAGCUAAGACACGCCCAGGAUGUGCGGGAACACUAUGAGAGGAAGCUGGAGCGGGCUAACAACCUGUACAUGGAACUCACAGCCUGUAUGCUGCAGCUUGAAAAGCGGGAACGGGAACUCAUUAAACGAGAGCAGCAAUUGGCUAUGUACACAAAGAAGAGGAAGAGUAUUGUACGCCCAGUGAUUCGCGCCCAGGAGCGGAUAGAUAGACUGAGCAAGAAGCGCAUGUACAAGUCUGGCUCAGAGGUUACAAGCCCUGACAACCCAAACAUGGACAGUAGCAUGACAACAAGCUCUGAGGUUGUUAUUCCAUCGCCGACUAAACAGAGGAUGAGAAAGAGUCGGCAUCGCCGUACCAACAGUAAAGGCUCACUCAGUAACAUAAUGGGAAGUCCCGCCAAGAGCCCCAUUAGGGACGUACUAAACGAUGAACUCCAGGGGAAGUCGGUCGCACUGCGGCGCCUUGAACAAACUCCUCUCGCUUCGUCACGGUUUCCUUACCAAGGACCAGGCAUGGCGAUUCCGGAGCAAGCCAUUCUGCAGAGUAAUGGAAAUAAGCCAGCGGAGAUUGUUCGGAAUGAGAAGAAUUUGAACGAUGUUUGUUUUGGUUGUGAUGGAGAAUGUACAGACAAUUCAUGCCCCAGCAGUAAACGCUCAAGUCGAGCCAGCGCCGAUGUAGAGAGUAAUUUGGGGGACUCAGUUGGGGGCUCCCCUUGUCGGAGCCCCUCCCAAGCCCUCUACAAUUUAGUGGAAAACCAAAACAAUGAAAUCAAAACAACCACCAGAGAAAAAGACUCUAAUGAAAAUUUAAAUUGUCCUAUAGACUCUUCUAAUUUAACCACGAACACUUCAAUUGAGUGCACAUGUACCUGUACAACAAGCACGGCCAUUCCUGUGAUAGAUGCUAACUCCAUUAUUAACCAGACUGUGACUCGCACAACUAGUGAACCACAACUAUCGCCAAAGCAGCCACAUAUCGCACAACGGAUGAGCAGUCUAGACUCCAGUGAUUCUAUAAACAUUCCUCGACAUCGGCACGAACGCCACCCAAACCGACCCCGGAAGAAUUCUGAUGACUCCUGGUCUUCAGAGGAAGGGGAAGUAAGUGAAGACGACAAAAGGAGAUCCCGUAAUCGCCGGUCGUACUGUUCCACGAUAAGUUCGGAGGGUAUCCUGUCAGAGGAGGAAAAUACGAGUGAGCAUUCUGCUCAGGACACUCCAGACGGACUCCUGUCCACCAACAGCUCUGAGAAUCUCCAAAUGGAGCUGGCCAACUGUGCUGUGAUAUCUGAUGGACUCUCUGAUAAGGAACUUACCGUCAGGAAGAUACGCAACCAGGUGUCUGCCUCCCCGGACCGCAUAUUUGAGCAUCCUGAUACGACGAGCUCUGAUUCUGACGAAUGUUCUGACAUCACCGUCGCCACCACAGUACACAGGACGCGGUCACUUGAGUCCAGCGGCUGGUGAUUUGUGAGCAAAGUUCACCUACAAGGGGAGAUAACUGCUCCAAAAUUCCCAUCAAUAAAUGGAGAAAUUUGAAAAGACAAGCUCUGUUCCUGGGUAAACAAACAAUUUCCAGGAAAACUUCCUUAAGUGAAACGGAGUUAUAUGGUCCCUGUGUCAUGGGUGAUACUUUUAACUAUGGCUGUAAAUGACAGAAGUAUGACUCCAAUAGCCAGCCAGUGUUAUCAUGUGAGAGACACUGUUGAUAUUGACCAAGGGGAGGCAACAGUGGUGAUUUUUGUUGUUGUUGGUAUUUCUCAUAUGUGUAAGAGGGGUUGAAUGAGUGAUAUCAGUGAUCCAACAAUCAAGGGGAGAUAACUGGUGUAUUGUGAAACUAGACUGUUGGAUUCCAUGUACAGUGGAUUAUUUAUAACCGUUCUGCCCCUCCCUAAAAUUUUCAUUAGACUGGUCCAAUCAUUAGAUAUCAAAGAGCCCAUAUUGGAAUCUCAGGGAUGGCAGGGUGAUUGUAUUAUUUGUCAAAUGUUGCAAAAAUCUGAACAGGACAAUGAUAAAAUGUUAAAUUCCUUUCAGUAUUUUCAUCCCAUCCUUUUCAGAUCAUAGAAACUUCGGAGUAUUCCAAACUAUCAUUUUGUCAUCAGUAAGGUUUUGUAUCGUUUAUUUACUGAAUGACUUCCCUUUUUUUUAAUGUAAAAACUAUCUGAGCGUUUCAUCAAUAUAGCUACUUUCAUGUACAAAUUUUAUUAAGUGCAUGCAUUGUGAAAUUAAGCUUUAUACCCAAUCUUCAUAGAGACUACAAUAAACUGGUCCAAACCAUAUGGAGGGCAAGUUAAUUGCAUGGAGGAGGGGAAACAGGAUGAUUGCCUUGUUGUAGUUGCAUGACACCUUUCCCAAAUCCCAGCAGUGUUUGUAAUUCACUGUAACAUCGAACAAUGAUAUUUUGGUUUUCACAACCCUAUCUAAAUACAAACUGAUUUGUCCUUAAAAAUAACUGAUUCUGCAUUCUUUAAUAUUAUUACCAUAUAACGACAUGACACAUUAUAAUGAAUGCUGCACAAUAUCAUGAUCUGCCGAAAUUACAAACUGCCUCAGGUGAUUUAAGGGUAUAUGCUGCCUCAGGUGAUUUAAGGGUACAAGCUGCCUUACUAUGACAUUCAAUCUCCAUAAAAAAGAGUUACACACUAAACCAAACUUAUAAAAUAUAUGUCAUGACUAGAAAAUUGGGUUUCCAUGGUGACAUGUUUUAAAAACAUCAGAAUUAACACUAAAAUGACAAUCUGGUAAAUUGUUAGAAUUUUUUAAAGAAGGAUAACUCUUGCAGAAAUCACAGUUUUUUAUGGAAAUAAAUAAAGGCAUCCAAGAAUAUAGUAUCACAGAGUCAAGUAUUGGAAAAUUAACGAGAACCCAUCUUUAGAUUUAUGUCAAAUUAAUCACAUUUAAACAACAACAGAUUAGUUAUAUCAAAGGAAAUGUGGUUCUGUCUGUGACUGUAGUCUUUUUGUUGUCAUAAAGAAUCUUCAGGUUGUGUUCAUUAUACUAGAAUAAGUGACCUUUAGUUAAGAAAUUAGUUACAUAUCAUUUCUUCAAAUUGUAGCCUUGUUGAACUUAAAACAUUAAUUUUGUCAUAUCUUUACCUAGAUUCUUUAUUUAUUUUGCAAUGGCCUUAUUUUGAGAUAAAGUAGAAUUUUAUAAAUUGAUAAUUUUCAUUUGUUAUAUGUUUCAUUUUUUUUUUCAACAUAUCUUUAAUUUUAUAGAUUGGCAUUUUUCAAUAUUUCAUAACAUAUUUAUUUCUUUAUGUGCUAGGGUAAUACCCUGCCUUUUAUGUUUAUAAAGAGGUUUUAGAUUUUUUUUAAGAGAUACAAAUAUCUGCUUGUGUCAUUGUAUCAUCUCAUGUUAUUACCCUUCCCAAUCAUUUACAUACAUCUGUUGUGAUAGAAUUCUAUUUUGAUCUCAUUUUAAUUUUUUGUUUUCUGUUCAGUUUAAUUAAUAUUUAAUCAAUCAUACUCACACUUACAAUGACCACUUCACCUUAAUGUCAAAAAACUGUACCAGUAAUAUUGUCAGAUUUUCAAUUGUUCAAUCCAAUAGCAUGGGAUGAAAAGUUGCCCAAUUUAUUUCCUCAUUAAUUUAAAAACUUGCUGAGGGCAUUUUGGUGCAUUUUAACAUUGUAUUUCAAACUCAACAAGUUAUAUAUCAUUAGAAACAUGAUUUGUUUUCCCCCAGGAAAAGAAAUUGGACCACCCAUGAAAGUAUUCUGCUUAUGUUUUAAUAUGUAUGAAAAAAUUCUAAUAUGUGUUUCUAUUACAUGUAUAUCAAUGGCCACUGUGUAUACCUAUUUUGUGUGUUAGGAAGAUAUGACAGGGGACUAUUUGUAUUAAAAAACUUAACUCCAAUCUUCCUUUAAGUCUGAUAUUUCAAACAGACAUUGUAAUGCAGAUGCGACAAAAAAUUUUUUUUUUUAAAUACCAGUACAUUGUUUCUGUAAAACAUUUUUUAUAGAAAAAUGCAGAACUAAAUUUACUUCAGUUAUUCAAGAUUAGCAAGUUUAAGCUGUUUGAAAUAUCAAUUUUUCAUACAAGUGUUUUCUAAGAUCUGAGGAUAAAACUGAUAAGGCUGGCGGUCAUUGGACUAAAGUUCUUAAAAAGUAUUUUUUAUCCUCACCAAGAUAAGAUUUUUUUUUAGUUUUGACAAAGAUGUUCAUUAUCUUAGAGAGUUUGGUUUUUUAUUACAAUUGGUACCUGGUGUUCAUGUUAUAAAAAAAUGUUACAUCUUUACAAUGCACACAGAGUGCUAACCCUAUGGAUUGAUUUGUAAAUCCAGGGCUACUUAAAUUUUCCUGACGAUUAGAAACGGUGGGGCUCGUUGAUGACUGUAUAAACUGUGUGUGCGUGUGUGACGUGUCUGAUGGAGCGCUGGAGACGUGUGCGUGUGUGACGUGUCUGAUGGAGCGUUGGAGAAAGUUUCCCCGCAGUAUAAACAUGUUUUUGUUGUGUAUAAGAUGUUACUGUUAUGUUGUUUGUGUCAAUGAAGGCAGCAGCUGAACCUGUAGGAGGGGUGAUGUUAUCACUGUACAAACAGACACCCUGUGUAUAUUGACACACUGUGUAGACUGACACACUGUCCAAUAAUAAAACUGUUUUAAGUUAUA